GUCGCGACUCUUUCUCUUUUUCUCUCUUUUUCUUGCGAAGCAUCACCGAAUCCCGGUAGUCUCCAUUGAUCGUCCGAAGAUUCCUCGCGAGACGUCGGAUUCGCGUGUACUCGAAUUUCUUGACCACCUUUACCUGACAUCUUCGCCGAGAUGCAAGGAGAAGACGAUGAUUUUGGUGAGGGCUACACCGCGGAAUCGCAUCCGCUGAGGCCGACGCAUCUCAUGGUUCCGCUCGGUGGACGUUCUGAUUCUCGUGCACCCAGUAUCAGUAGCAGCGUCAGUGACCUCGAUGUUCCGAUAUACAGCAGAGAGACCACUAUACCGCUCUCAGCGAGAAAGGGUCUCAACGGCCGAUUAGCAUUCGCUAUCGCGGCAGCCGCUCUCGGUUCAUCCUUCCAACAUGGGUACAACACUGGUGUGGUUAACGCGCCUCAACAGCUUAUCGAAGACUGGAUCAGCCAGCUGAAGGCGAAUCGUACGGGCGUGCCGACGAGUCAGUCGGAAGUGACGAUGAUCUGGUCUGUGGCGGUAUCGAUAUUCUGCGUCGGCGGGAUGAUCGGGGGUUCCAUGGUAGGCUGGGUGGCGGAUCGCUUCGGUAGAAAGGGCGGUCUGCUGCUGAACAACAUCCUAGUGGUGCUUACCGUGAUCUUCGAGGGUAGCGCCAAGGCAGCGAAGAGCUACGAGAUGAUAAUCUUCGGUAGAUUCCUGAUCGGUAUAAACGCCGGGCUGAACGCCGGUUUGGCACCAAUGUAUCUGGCCGAGAUCUCGCCUGUGCAUUUACGCGGCGCCGUGGGCACGGUGUACCAGCUGGUCAUCACCAUCUCGAUCCUAGUGUCGCAGAUCCUCGGUCUGAAUCAAAUCCUCGGCACCGCCGACCAAUGGCCGUUGCUGCUGUGCCUGACAAUCGUGCCGGCAAUCUUCCAGAUGUGCACGUUACCGCUUUGUCCAGAGAGUCCCAAGUACCUAUUACUUAGCCGUGGCAAGGACAUGGACGCGCAAAGAGCGUUGGCCUGGCUACGCGGCACGAUCGAAGUUCAUGACGAGAUGGAAGAGAUGCGUACGGAGUAUGAAUCGGUGAAGUUGAUACCGAAGGUCACCGUGCGCGAGCUGUUCGUGAAUCCGGCGCUCCGCAUUCCGCUCUUCAUCUCUAUCAUGAUUAUGUUUGCUCAACAGCUAUCUGGCAUCAAUGCCGUCAUGUUCUUCUCGACAAAGAUCUUUAUGAUGGCGCAGUUGGACAAAACUGCCGCGCAGAACGCCACUAUGGGAGUCGGUGCGAUGAAUGUCUUAAUGACCAUGGUCUCUCUAGUGUUGGUAGAAAAGGCAGGCAGAAAAACGUUGCUCCUGGUCGGAUUCAGUGGCAUGUUUGUGGACACCGUUCUGCUCGCCAUUUGUCUCGUAUUUGCUGAUACAUCACGAGUGGCAGCAUACUUUUCGAUCGUGCUCGUCAUCAUGUUUGUCGUCUUAUUCGCCACAGGACCGGGAAGUAUCCCGUGGUUUUUGGUAUCCGAAUUGUUCAGUCAAUCCGCCCGUCCGCCCGCCACCUCCAUUGCCAUUGCUGUGAACUGGACCGCGAACUUCAUCGUCAGUAUCGGCUUCUUGCCGUUACAGGAAGCGUUAGGUGCUUACGUGUUCAUCAUCUUCGCUGUGCUGCAAUUGUUCUUCACACUCUUCAUAUAUAAGAAGGUGCCGGAGACGAAAAACAAAACCAUGGAGGAAAUCAGCAGUAUGUUUAGACAAAUAUCGUACCAAUGAAGAGAAUAGUAAAAGAAAAUGAGAAAAAAAUGUUUUCUGAAAGAACGAAAUCUCUAUUGGCACGAAAUCUGAACGGUCAAUGCGUUCUCUAUCUCUAUCUCUAUCUCUAUCGAGGAACUCGGCGGUUCGACGAAAGUGGCACAUAGUUUACUCUACCUACGAUCUAUCAAAGCGCUUCCAACACUAUGUCCAAUGCGCUGUAUGAAAGUUCAUCGGAUUGGUAUUAACGUUGAACAUUUACGCAUAAUUGCAAUGUUCGUUACGAUAUAUCUAACAUAAUUGAAGCGUAAUCCGUACAAUUAUUAAUUAGUGCCAAUUAUUGAGAGAAAUCCGAAAAUUUUAACUUUUUUUACUAUUUAACUAUUAAAUUCUUUUUAUUCCUAGUUAUUUGAUUCGGGAACUCUGUUGUGCAAAAGCUUCGAAUACGAGUGAAAUAUUUCAAGGACAACGUCAAGUCGCGCAUGCGCGCGCAAGUCCUUUCACAAGCGCGCCUGGUUUAUAAGUUAUAAACUUAUAAUCUUAGUUCCUAUAUAUUUAUAUAUAUAUAUAUAUAUGUUGCAUCCACAGCGAAGAAAAGUUAUCGCAAAAAUGGUGAGCAAUUUAAAUGGCGCGAGACCAGCACAAAGAAUACAAUUCUUUCACCAAGUCUUUUCGACUUUUAAUUUGUUUCUUACAUUGGAAACAACGAUAUAACAUACGCUACGAUACGAAGAAUUACAGCUCUAGUCACGAAAAGACCUCUAGAUCAAGUGUGACAUUAGAAGAAUCUUACGUGCUGGUUGAUUUUACUUUUAUUUUCGAAAACGUCCGAUUCAUUUUAUAUCGAUAGAUUUCUAUCGCUUUGCUAGACAAAUUUUUUUUUAUACGGAGAAUAGCACGAAAUAAUAUAUCAUGUUUUAAAAAUAUCACAAUAACGAAUACAAUUGGGAUAUUUUUUAUAGAAUAACGGUUUUAUAGCGCGUGAGAAAAGCUUGUGUUCCUACUAUCAAAUAAUUGUAUCGCAUUACUAUAAAGGAAAUUUAAAUAAUCGUUGUUGAAAAAAAAAGAAGGAUUAGCGUCGAUUCACAUUAUACGACGAUAUAAUAAAAUAUAGUUUCAUAAGCAUACUUGUACACGUAUACUAUAAAUGUACUUGUGUGUAUGUCUUUCCGCAUCCUUGCAGAUGCGAAGAAUGUUUUGUCGCGUGUUAUCGUAUAAUGUGAAUAGACCUUAUAUUCGUGAGCAAAAUGUAUUAACUGCUUUUUUAUGAAAUAAUUUAUAACAGAAAUUUGGAGAAUAUUUUAUUACAUGAACCCGAAGCGCAAGUUUUAUUCGAAUGAGAACGAGAAUAAUGUGUUAAGAUACAAUUGUAAAUACAAAAAUGUAAAGACUAGUAUUGUAUAGCAUAGAGAAAAUAAUAUUAUAUUUAUGUAUAUGCACGUAGAGUUGAUUAACGUUUAAGAAGGAUAUAUCAAUGUUAUCAUAUAUAUUUUUAAAAUAUUUAGAUUAAUUUCAUAUAUAUAUAAAGAAAAAAAAACAUGCGAUACGAUACAUAUACUAAACGCAACUCAGGAACUGAUUGUUAUCUCGUAAAUUGCAGAUGGAUAUAGUGUAUUUUGUUUUUACGCUAUGUACACACUUCUCAAAGAAUACUCAUUUGUAUAAUUAUCAAUUUAGUAUUAACAUAAUGACAGAUUUUUACUAUAAAAUGAAAGGAAAACUAAGUUGCCUAUAAUAAUGAACUCUAAAUAAAUCAAUAUUUGAUUUUCAUUUACCUUAUUUGAAAUUUAUUAUAUAUUCAAAAAGCGAAAUUCGAAGUUUAUUAUAUGUACGUUAUCUAGCAGUCUUUUCUAGAGGCGAAUACUGUGUAUUUGAAGUGUAAUAAUCGAACGAUUUGCUUGUCGCAAAACUGUAAAUAAUACAAACUUGUCAUUUAUCUUUAGCUAAUUGAUUGCUAAUUAUCGUAUAAGUUUUUGCAAUGCAGUUAUUAGUAUUUAGUUUUAGAUGAUUCUUUUAUAAAUAAAUCUAUCAAUUUUUGUAGAAAGAGAGAGAGUGCCCCUGGUAUCUGUAUCGAUCGAAAAAAAUAACGCUGUACUCUGUAAUCCAUUAUUUGUAUGUGAAAAGAUAUUUGUUAGAUAAUUAAGAUUUAAUCAAAAUUCAAAGAAUCUCUAUUAAUGUGUAUCUGCCUAUGAAAUGUAUCAUUAAGUGUUACACAAAAUGUUUACAAUGCGUUAUAAUUUAUAUGAUACUCGAUGCCGAUAAUAUCGUCUAAAUAAAAAGAUUGGAAUAUUAAGAGCAAAACUAUAUAUAUAUAUUUAUCAUUUUAUAUUACUCGAAAAUCUUUAUGCAUCGUAUUGUCUAAUAAAUAUAAAGAAUGAUAUAGCUAA